AUGGCGACAAUUCUGGAUUCCAGGGCCGCAUUUGUUGCAAGAGCUCAGGAGCAUGGCCUGACGACUGAUCAGCUGGGCCGACUUAGAGACCAAGGGAUCACAAGUUUGGCACAACUGGCGUUUGCAUUGACCACACCAGGCACAGCACCAGACGAGGAAUCCCUCAAGAGCCUCUUGUCGGACAAUCCGGAUCAGGUCACUGUUGGUCAGCUGUCUUCUAUCCGUCGCCUGACAUUUGAUGCCCAGACAUUAUCAGCUGCACAAGUCAAACACAUUUUGGCCGGCACAGAGACAGCACGCAAAGCUGAGCUUGUUCCUGCGGAGAGAUCUCAAAGGAUUCAAGAUCAGCGUGAUCGCCUCCAAGGCAUGGACCUCUCUGGACCACUGGAGUGCAGUCAUGCAUCCUAUGACUAUGUCGCCAAAAUGCUGGAACAAGGAACACCAAUGUACCUGGAGCCUCACAGGUUCACAACAAGAUCAGCAGAGGUUGCGAGAGAGAAGCCUGGAAAAGAGAUCAUACUUGACCAGACUCACCUGACGGUCAAGGAAAUCGAGAACAAGGACAAAUGUCCUAUGCAAGGAGAACUUCAAGUUUUCCAGGCCUUGACCAGGCAUUCCUUAGCCUGUGACCUGAUGGGGGUGUGCACUUUCCGCACCAUGGAGAAGUGGCAUCGUUUCCUCAUGGACAGCAUGCAGAUUGCAGCACCCCCGGGAUACAAGUCAGCGACCAUUGAGCAGAUCCUGCGGGCAGACCGAGCCGGUUGGAUCAGGCUUGCAGAGCGCAUCGACACUUUGCGUCGAGCCCCAGAUGGGUCGUUGCCCCUUGACAAAGCCAUUGACGAGUUGCGCACAGACCCCAAUGUUGUUUUUCACAUGAUGCCUUUGCCCAUGCCGCGAGCUCAAGAGAAGCCAGCUCCAACUAAACCGGCCAAGAAAGACUCCCCUCAGAAGCCUCAAGGUGGUCAAGGAAAGGGGCGCGGCAAAGGCAAGGGCAAAAGCAAGAACAACAAAGGGAAAAUGCCCCUUGAGCUUGUGGGAUUCAACCAGACCACCAAGUCAGGCAAGCGUGUGUGUUACAACUACAAUUUGGCCAGGAGUUGUCCCUAUGCGGAGCCCAACAAGGAGUGCAGCAAGGGGAUGCAUAAGAAUCUUCUGGAACCUGGGCCCAAGCCCGACUUGCCUGAUCGAUGCAUCAAGCGACACCACGACAAUUUUUCUCAAUUUGAUGUGCAAUUUUCAGAGCGUGUUUUUGGCAAAUCCAUUGCUGACCUCCUUUUUGUGGAGGUUUUCUCAGGGACUGGAGGCCUUACUGCAGCUAUCCGCCACAUUGGCUUGGCACACAGCAUUGGAGUUGAUGCCCAUGUGACAAAGCGAGUCAAGGCUCCUGUCAUCCGUUUGGAUCUGACAUCUGAACAUGGGAUUGAGCUCCCGUGGCGCAUUCUACAACAAGACAAUGUUGUCGCGGUACACCUUGGCCCUCCAUGCGGCACCAGCUCUAGAGCCAGGGACAUCCGCCGCCGGUCUGGCAGCGAUCCGAAACCAUUGCGUUCAGUCAUACACCCGGAUGGGUUACCCUGGCUACAAGGUCUUGACCUACAGAGGGUCACAUCAGCAAACAAGCUCUAUGACCUCACUGGCAGGAUUUUUGCCUGGUGCUGUGACAAUGGCCUCUUGUGCACCAUCGAGAACCCUGUUCGAUCACACAUGUGGCGCACAUCGCAUCUUUCAAACCAUUUGCAUGGUCGAUCGGGUAUCAUAGAGGUUUGCUUUCACACUUGCAUGUACCUGGCCCAACGCAAGAAGCGCACCAAGUUAUUGACUAAUCACAAGGCCUUCACUGCCCUGGCUUGUGACUGCGAUGACAGCCACCAACAUCUACCAUGGAGGCUCACAGGUGGUCAGUGGGCAACAGCACAGGAAACUGAGUACCCACACAAAUUCUGCCAGGCAUAUGCCAAAGUUUGCUAUCACCUGUUUCUACAACAUGGGGCCGUGGCUAUUCCACAGCAGAUGGAUCUUGAUGCUGUCCAGCUUACUCAGGCCAGUCGUGCGGCCUUGGGCACACAACCUCGUGGCAAGAAACUCAAGCCCCUUGUACGGGAGUAUGCAGCCAAGGUGACCAUUCAGGGCCCACAAGAGUGCCUUCAAGCCCUACCUGACAAAUGCCUUUCCGAUGUCCCCUUGCCUGCCACUUGCACUCCUAGUUUUGCAUUGUCAGCGUUGCCCACACAUGCAACCAGACUCCAACCUCCGAUGCCACUGGGGGAUAAUGCGGACCUUGGCAUUUGGACAACUGAAUAUGGGAUUGCAUGGAAGCCAAAUGAGUUUAUCCAACAAGCGGCUGGACUGUCACACCCUGGACACUUCAUGGAUGGCGUCCACCCUGCGAUGGUUGAGCUCUUUGACAGGUUGGCGCGAACAUCAACAGCUGAUGCAGCCCUUGAAAGAUCGGCACAAAUGCGCAAGUGGCUCCUGAGAGCUCAAGAACUUCGUGAACAAGGUGUGGAUGGCUUAGAACAAUCCCCGCUACACAUCAAGCGCAUCCUAAAGGGCAAAAACAUGCAGCUCUUUGAUGAGAUGAAUAGAGCGGCAGGAUCACCAGACACCGGCUUGGCCUCGAAUGUGUGCCAAGGCUUUGACCUUAUGGGGGCCAUCCCUGCAGGUGGAAUUUUCCCUUGCAAAUACACCCACGCUACCCUGACGCCUGGGCAAGUGAGGGACAUGGCCAAGCUCUCGAAGCAGGCCACAUGGAGAGCCACUGGGAGGUGCAAAGGCCAAGACUUGGCCGCAGAGGUCUACAAAGCGACCUGUGAUGAAUGUGACAAGGGGUGGCUACAUGGCCCAUUCCAGCUGCAAGAGCUCCCUGAUGAAGCGGUGCUUACCAGAAGAUUUGGCAUCCAACAAUCUGCCACCCUGGGCGAUGGGAGUCGAGUCUACAAAACGAGGCCGAUUGAUGAUUUUUCUGAAUCAUUGGUGAAUUCCACGAACUCCUGCUCAGAGGCGAUCCAACCUAUGUCCAUUGACAUGAUCCUUGCAGCGCUGGCCAUGAGAGCCAGGAAAUGUGGGGCAGAGAAACUCUUUGGGAAAGCCAUUGACCUGCGGAAGGCUUAUAAGCACCUCCCACUCUCAGAGUCAGCGCUUGGCGACGCCUACAUUUGUGUCUUCUCGCCUGAGGCAGACCAGCCUGUAGCUUUCCAAUCCCAGGUGCUCCCCUUUGGAGCAAGAGCAGCGGUCAUGGGGUUCUGCAGGGUUUCCUAUGCGCUCUGGUUGAUGGGUGUUGCCAUCUUCAACCUACAUUGGACAGUAUUCUUUGACGACUUCUAUUUGAUAUCCUCCGAACCGGAGCGAAGGCACAUUGACCUUGCACAGGGUGUCCUGUUCCAGCUCCUGGGCUGGGAGGUGUCGUCAGAGAAAGGAGCCGACUUCGAUGCAGUGGCUCGCAUCCUUGGGGUCCAGAUUGACCUGAGUGAAUCCUGCAUUGGUGUUUUUACAGUGUGCAAUGUUGAUGCCAGGGUUAAGGAACUGGUGGCGACAAUUGACCACAUCCUUUCACAACAAACCCUGUCAGCGGCUGAAAUGAGAGUGCUGAGGGGCAGGCUGGUCUUCGCUGAAGCUCAAAUCUUUGGAAGGAUUGCAGGGCUACACAUGCAACAGUUGGGAAGAUGGGAGCAUGCAGUUGGCCACUCGCCAAUUGACCCAGACCUGGAGGAAAGCCUAUCCUUCCUCAGGGAUCGGAUCAUACUUGGUGGUCCCAGAAGGAUCAUCUCAGAUCAUGGGAGGACAUUCCACCUGUACACUGAUGCUUGCCUGGAGAACGGUGUGGGCGGCAUAGGUGGCGUGUUGCUGGACCAAUGUGGUAAAGUUCUGUCCUUCUUUUCUCAGGUUGUCUCUGAACACCAAGUGGCUCUUUUGAAUCCAAAACACAAGGAGACGAUCAUAUUUGAGCUGGAAGCACUUGCCGUUUUGGUUGGGUGUACAACUCUUCUGCCUGCAGAAGGGAUUCUGCCGAACGAUCGCAUAGUGGUGUUCAUUGACAACAAUUCAGUGUUGAGCAGACUGAUAUCUGGAAGAUGUGGAAGUGAGCUUGAUGGGAAGAUCUUCCAACAUGUCUUGGAAUGGGAGUACAACACUAACUCCGUAUGUUGGUAUGAACGUGUGCCAUCAGCAGCCAAUGUGGCAGAUGGGCCAUCACGUGGCGACAAAUCAGACCUUGAAGAAAACCUCGAAAUUUUUGUGGAAGUCAGCGAUGUGCUGCACGCUCUCAGUUUGGCGUCUCCCUGA